AGCGAAGCUGUCGCCGAGACGCCGCCUAGGUACUCACGUCUCCCGAUGACAAGACAGCCACCACCAUACUGUCUACUCUGUACGCCAUAAAGCGUCCCGAAGGGUGUCUAGUCUGCUCUGCCACUCUGCGUCACCAAUUGUUUGCCAAGGCAAGUGACUGCAGAAGCUGGUUAUUGACCACCAGUGGGAACGAGGGCGUUCUGUUUCCGCGUAUCGCACUGGUCCGUUGGGAUCCCAUUUCUUGGCACAAUGUCCCGACAACAACAUCAGCCGUCAUUUGAAAUGUCCAAAAGAGGGAGCUGGGAUUGACUCCCACGAUUGAAAAUCCUGCUCUCGACAAAGAUUCAUGAACAGGUGGCUUCGCAUGUCACCGCCGUACCUCCUCCGUCAUCCGUUCACCCGUCCACCCGUCCACCCAUACAAACCCUUGCUUUCUUCCAGCUGUCGCUUUUGGGUUCCUGGCCUCCAGAUAUCGGAGCAAGAUUACGGAUACCCACCUCGGGAUCGUGCUGUGGUCGCGUUGCAGAGAGAAGCGAACCAUCACCAGGGGUUCCCACCCCUUAAGCGGCCGAGGCAAAUCAUAACACUCCCGGCGCCGGGGCACCGUGCCGUUCUCUCGCGACAUGACGACAAGAUUUCGGCCCUCCCUCCGAACGCGGGGAUCCCCCCCAAAACCUGGAUGGGCGCCUGUGAGCAAGCCACCCAUCGUAUGGUAACACAACACAGACACAAUCGCCGCUGUCAGCGAUGAAGCUAGCGAGCCACAUUCCCACACGGACGGGCCAGGCCACCUGCAUAUGUCUGCUUUGGAGUCUAGACGCACGCAUGCCGACUUUCACAUCCGACUUGCACCCGUGACUAAGCCAAUUUUUUGACACGACAUCUGACAGCUUCGUCAACUACCACAACCAACGCUGGCUAAACAUUCAAGCAACUUUGACCGCCCGAAAUUGGGGUUUGGGGUUCGGCAGUAUCCUAAAGUUCGCAUCACCCCCACAGCACCGUCGGCGCACCGGCAGUUGGCUCGUCUACCAAUGGCAAUCCCGAUGAAUCGUAUUUACUUCCCGUCCUGCGAUCCCGGCUCUCUACAAGCUCAUCAAAGGACCAAGGGGAGUUAGGGAAUAUCGCAGCAUCCCCCUCAUUCUCGAUCGCUUCCCCGCUUCUCCAGCUGAUAAUGGACCCCGAGCUUACCUCCGAUCCCCCACAUGCCCCUCCAUAUGAGGCUCCGUGCCGUCUACUUCAUAAGUAACCCCUAGGACGGCAUUAUCAGAAACUUUGGUCCAUCUGAGCUUUGCAAUUCAAUACCCUUCGAGACGAGUACGACAACACCAUACCAGACACAAUGGCAGACCCCAAGGAUUUGAAGAUUGCCAUUAUUGGCGCAGGAAUGGGCGGCUUGGGUUGCGCACUUGCAUUGGCCAAGAAGGGAUUCAAGCACAUCGAUGUCUAUGAGACGGCCUCCAACCUCGGCUUCGUCGGCGCCGGCAUUCAGAUGCCGCCAAACGUCGUCCGCGUACUCGAUCGCCUAGGCUGCUGGCCUGAGAUUGAGAAGACGUGUACAGACGUGAAGAGUUCAAGCAUUCGACAGGGCGCCACCAAUGUUGAGCUCGCCCAUGUCGAGAUGCCCGACAUUCGGAAGUUGUACGGCUUCCCCCACUGCAACGGCCACCGCUCCUCCCUUGCCGGUGGCAUGUACGACGCCUGUAAGAAGGAGUCCGCCAUCACAUUUCACUUCGCGACGGCACUACUAUCGGUCGAAUCCUUUGCGCCCAAGCCAAAGUUCGUGCUGCAGCCGCGCGACGGCGAGUCCUACGCAGUCGAGUCCGACGUUCUCAUCGCUUGCGACGGCAUCAAGAGCAUCAUCCGCGCCCAACUGCUUGAAUCUAUCGGCGCCGUUGGCGGGGAAGAGGAUACGGGCCAGGCUGCCUACCGUAUCAUGCUUAAGCGCGAGCAGAUCGCCGACGACCCAGAACUCCUCGCUCUCCUCGACUCGGACGAGGUCAUCCGCUGGAUUGGCGAGAAGCGCCACAUCAUCGCCUACCCCGUCUCCUCGCACACAAUCUACAACCUCUCCACCACUCAGCCCGACUCCAACUUUGCCGUCGCCACGAACGCGACCUACACCACAAAGGGCUCCAAAAAGGCCAUGCUCGACGUCUUCCAUGAUUUCUGCCCCCUCGUCCACCGCAUGCUCAACCUUGUACCGGACGGCGAGGUCUGCGAGUGGCGCCUACGCAUGCACAAACCUUUACCGACCUGGGUGCACACCGACGGGCCUGUCGCCCUCCUCGGUGACGCCUGCCAUCCAACCCUCCCGCACCUGAGCCAGGGCGCCGCCAUGGCCAUCGAAGACGGCUCCGUCGUCGCCGAGGUUCUCGCCCGCGCGCCCGACACGUCUCCCGCGACGCUCCGGCGCUGCCUCAAGGCCUACGAGCUCUCCCGGCGCGACUGGACCUCGCAGCUCGUCAACAUGGCCUUCCUCUCGGGCAAGCAGCUGCACCUCGGCGAGGGCAAAGCCAAGGAGGAGCGCGAUCGGAUGUUUGCCGAGUCCAAGCAGACCGGCGCUGUGCCGGAUAAGUGGGCCUCGCCCGACGUACAAAAGAUGAUUUAUACAAACGACUGCGUGGCCAACAUCCAAAGAGACUUUGACGAGUUCUUCAGUAGCGUAGCAUAGAAAUGGGACGGCAG